AUGGGCGAAUCGAACGGAACAGAAGAAAACGGGAGUUCUUUCCCUUCAGGAACACUUGCAAAAUUGACAUGCGAUAUCCUCAACGAUACCUUCUAUAAUAUAAUUCAUGAUAUAGUUGCAAAGGUGCAUCGCGACGAAAAGGUCUCCCGUAUGCGCUCAGCGGUGGUCACUGCAAGGCAGAAAGCCGAUGAAGAGGCAUCCAAACGUCGUGAAGAGAGCGGGAAGCCAGCUGGUGCAUUUAAGCCCGGUGAUCUCGAUCUUGAGGAACUCAAGGACAUCCAUGUGGAAACCGAUGCAGCUGUCUUUGAUGAAGGCAAGGUUUACCUCAAGGGAAACCCUCUCCAAACCACGAAAGAAAUUAUCUGCCCGGAGUGCCGAUUGCCUCGUUUAUUGUACCCGGUAACGGGUGUUGGGGCUCGGGCUCCACCAGAUCCCUAUCGGGAGUAUUGUCAGAAGCAGCCGAUGAUCAACAAGCCGGGGCACGAUGUUCAUGGAAACCCGUUCGCCACGGACAAGUUGAACCCGAAGAAGAAGAAACAGACAAAUACGUCCAAUACUCCAGCUUCAAGUCCUCCCACAACGCCCGACAGUUCCUUUAAACAAGCAGCUCCAGAGAAGGUGUCCUUCCCGACUGUGAAAUGCCCGAACUGCCCGAGAUACUUUGUUGUCACUCGAGUUGCACAGCACUUGGACAGAUGCCUGGGUUUAUCAGGGCGACAGACCAACCGCAACAAGACCCCUAUGGAGAAUGGUGCCAGUACUCCCAGUUCUGCUCCACCUAAGCGACCAUUAGUGGACGACGACGUCCCAGCAACUCUUCCGACGAAGAAGAAGAAACUAGGAGCCCCGAAAAAACUGUCAGGGAAGAAGCCACCUCCGCCCAGCAAACUGAAAAACGGUCUUACGCCAGACAUGGCCGCGGCAAGUGACGCCGCCGGCUCUGGUGAUGGAGACAUCAAGAGUGAAGCGAACGGGGAUAACUCUUAA